GGCACGUUGGCGCGAACGGAGUAGUGAGAUACCCCCAGGCGGCUCCUCCCCCUUGGGGGUCAUCCAUAGCCAUUUUGGCUCAAGCUCUCCAGGCCUGCACUUGGCGACGUCCUCCGCGCGGCCCGUACCGUACGACUCAGGCCCCCGAGGCCUCAUCGGUGGCGGGCCAUGGCGGUGCAGCGAUCCCAGAGGAUGCUCUUCGAGGUAUCGUCGUCCGACGAGCUGACCUGCACCGUCCUGACUGCGGCAAACAUGCCGUCCUCCGAGCCCUUCGCGUCGUGCGAGGGCGGCAGCCCCGGGAAGCCGGCCGCGCGCGCCGCCGAGAGCAGAACGGUCUCGUUCCCCGCCCGCGCGGCCAUCCGGGCGCACAGGCCCGCGGACCAGGCCAGGGCCGCCCCCCGCGAAAGGGGCGCCGCCGCCGCUACAGCCGCCCUCCGCGCGGGGCGCUGGAACUCGUUCGGGGCGGGCGCCGACGAGGCGCCCACGGCCAGGCGCGUCCGCGGCGAGGGCCCAUCCUCCGCUCCGGGGGCCCCUCGCGGCUCCGCGGCUGCGGCCGCCGCCGCGCUGCCGCGGGGGCCCCACAACAAGCCGUUCGGUCAGCGCGGCCCUGCCGGCGAUGGCUCCGACGGGAGCGCGCGGAGGGGAGCUGCCCCAGAAGCUUCUCCCGUGGGAGCUUGUCCGCGGCGAGCACGCGGCCUCGCUGCGCAGGCCACGGGAGGCUGCCGCGAGGGACCCUUCGGCGCCGGCCAGUCGCUCAGCUUGCCGGAUCGGGGCCUCGGCGGCGCGCUGCCGAAGCUGGUCCCGGGCGUCCCGGCGGGAGCCGAGGGGGACUGCGAGCAGCAGAGGAAGCAUACUGGCCAUGACCAGGAUGUCGCGGGGGCGACCUCGCGGGAGGUGACGAGCAGACAGCUUUUCCAUGCAGCUGCAAUCUAGAGCUCGAGCCGACUGUCAUCCCUGCUCCCGACAUUUGGUCGCUGGAUUUUCAAGAUUUCAAGAGGUGCCUUCAGAGCGGCCGUGCGCGGAUCCACGCAGGAGGCUGCUCCGAAUUCGGGAUGGGGGGGAG